CAGGAUUACGACGGAGUGAGCGGUCAGAGAGCGGUCCUCGUCCUUGCUAGCGUGAGUAUGAUCAGGAGGCUACUGGAGUCAUUAUUAUGUACACCAUACUCUUCCUACAAGUUGAGCAAGAUGGAGGACGCCGAACUGAAGAAGAACUUCAUUGAGAACUUCUGCGUGAAAGUGAAAGACGAGGAAGGACUCAUAACCUACGAGAUCAACACUGAAGUUAUUCACAAGGAUGAAGAUGGCAAGAUACAGGUCAUGUCCAUUGGACCUGUGAAUAAGGGCCCCAUCAAGUUGGUUCUCCUGCUGGGAGAGACAGGCGCCGGCAAGACCAGAGUCCUCAACACCAUGAUCAACCAUCUGUUAGGUGUCAACUUUGACGAUAAUUUUAGGUUUCAGUUGAAAGAUUAUGUUGAAAGUGAUGAUCUCCUCCAAGUGGAAAGCCAGACAGAAUAUAUCACUGCUUACAUUGUCUGCCAUCAACUUGGAAUGCCUAUUGAGUGUAAUUAUAUGUUGAUUGACACACCUGGGUUUGGUGACACCAGAAUGAACCACGAUAAAGUCCCAAUAGAGCGACUAACAAUUUUCCUGACAAAUGAAUGUGGGAUAGAUGACCUUAAUUGUGUUGCCUUAGUUGCUAAGGCAAACCAAAACAGAAUAACAUCAUACCAGAUACAAAUGCUAGAAGACUUUACUUCAGUGCUGGGAAGUAAUAUUGGUGAUAUAACGCAGCUUCUGGCAACAUUUGCAACUGAUGACACUUCGGCAGUUGUUGAUGUGGUGAAACAUGCUGGAGUCCAGUUUGUCAACUUGUACCAAUUUGACAACGGGCUUCUAUAUGAUCCACUCUGUGAUGGUCUUCUCCAGAAUCACAAACAUGCAUACCUUACAUAUAGAUGGAACAGGAUGCAAGCAGAGUAUAAAAGAUUUUUUGAAGAUUUACAAAUUUCUGCUCCAGUAAACCUUAAAAGAACUGGGGACCUUUUGCUGGAGGAAAAAUUACUCGAAGAAACAAAAACUGAAUUGAUAAAAACGGUAGCAAGUAUGGUCCAUAUAACCAACACAAAUAAUAAUAAGCAUAGGGAAAUAGAGAAAAUUAAAGCGCAGGCUGAUAGAAUCAACGUAACUAAAAAGAUAAUGGUAAAAUUUAAAUCUUCAGUAACCAUUGGAUAUCACUUCCUCAACUGUGACAUUUGCAGACAAACUUGUAUGGAGUGUGAAGACCCAAAAAAUUUUCUUGCUGGAUUUGCAGGAACUGGUACUGGGGUUGGCACGGCAGUUUUUACGGGAAUUGGUACUUCAGUAACUUCUGGAGCAGUGAUGGGGGCAGAAGUGGGUAUCUUUGGUGGUCCAGUAGGAGUUGCAAUUGGUGCAAGCAUUGGAACUGUCCUUGGUUUAACUGCUGGUCUCACUACAGGACUUUUAAUGAGAAAAACAAAGGCAGAUUGUCUCAAUAAUAUAAAUGGACCAUGCAGCAGUCGUGAAUGCUCUCAUGAUAUGAUGGACCAUAAAACUGAGACACAAAACUAUGUCACGGAAGAAAGAGAAAUAAUUGAUGAUAUUGAGAAAGCCAAGUAUGAUGCAUUUAUGAACACCAUAACGCAGUUAAAGACAAAGGUUAGAGACAAUAAUAUUGCAAUGGAUGAUCUACGUAAAGAUAUGCAAGAUAUUGCUAAAGCUUUGUUGCAACACACUAAUAAAAUAGUUGAACUGAGCCUGGGACAUAAAAGCUUAAAUACAAACUCUGUAAUAGAUGAAAUAAUCUUGAAUGAAAGAGAGAACUGGCAACACGUUGAACUCUUACAGGAGUUCAGGAGGACAGUAAUGCUAAUACAAGCUCAAGAGCUCAGUGAUGCAGGGGUUGAUGUCAAUAUUAUUGGACAAGACGUUCAUAGUGAUAGCUCUGUCCCUUGGUAUUGAUGCUAUUGAUAUAUAAAAUACAGUCUCAGUUAUUUCUCUUUCAUGGAUAGGGGGAAGGAGGGGAGGGAGGUGUAAGCUUUUCAACACUGCUUCUAGAGGUGUCAGUUUGUUUCAAGAAUUACCACAUUUUGUUUUUUACAUUAUUGAGUAAGUAAUAUUUUUAUUAUAUUGUUCAGGAAAACUGUUCUUUACUGCUAAUAUUUUGAAUGAAUGCUAUUUCAUAUCAUAAUUUUUUUCGUGACGAAUUGGAGAAUAUGAUCAAAUAUAAUCCAGAAAGCGUGUAGCACAAUCCAUACAGUCCAUCCACAAUAGUUAACACCCAACACAUAAUUAAUGAAAGCCCAGUUCCCUUGAGUCGUGGAUUAUGAUUGACUCUUCAAACAGAUUGUUGUUUGAAGAUCAAACAGCAAUUAUGUUUAUGUCGUUAUUAUACUGUUCUAAUAAUAUCAUGUCUGGCCCUGGUAGCCGUGGAGUGAGGACGUCUUGCCGACCCUCCCUGGUUGUUGGGGUUGUUUGCCAUUUUGGUCGCCAGGUGGUGUGGACGUCUCUGCCCUCCCAGUUUUGUUGCUGCCUGGCUACGUGUUGAUGUGGCAGUUCUGACAUGGGAGGCCAUCUUCCCCCUGUUGUGCAUGUGAACUCUGUGGGCCUGGAGUUCACUUGUAAGGCUGGAUAUACGAACAUCGAGAUGGUUAUGUGUGACAUGCUUCAUAUCCCAGUGGAGGCUAUCUACGGUGUUGAGCUUGUUACAGCCUACCGGGUUGUUCUCAAGUUUGUGAGGGAGGAGGAGUACCAGGACUUCCUUCGUCGGUAUGAGGGGCGUACGUUGCCGUUGCCGGGUGAUGCUGGCUCUUUAGCGAUUUCGUAUCGUAGUGGUGCCCUGACUUAUGUCAGUGUCCAUGGGGCGCCCCUGGAGUUCCCUGAAGACCUCCUUCGGCGUUACUUCGGGAGGUAUGAUGCUAUUGUCAGCAUGCGGGUGAACAUACUCUCCUCAGGGGAGGUAUGCUGGAAGGCGGACAAACAUUCGUACCUUGGGAAUGCGCCUGCGGUCGGAUAUACCGUCUUCUGUCCGGCUGAUGGGUUACUAUGUCUGGGUGUAUUAUGCACGGCAGCCCCGUACCUGUUUUCGGUGUGGCGUGUUGGAGCAUCAGGCUGCCGGGUGCUCUGAGGCCCCAGCUGCUCCUGUCAACUUGUUCUGGGAAGAGGAUUUCUCGCCGCUCCCUCUGGGCGAGGAUUCCGGGGAUGCGGAGGUGCGCGUCCUGUUAGCUGCUGAGGCCCCCC